AUGACUGAUGAUAGCUCUGCCGAGAGAAAUGCAUUAAAAUCAGCUAUGUGGCGUUGGUUAUGGGACUCUAAACAUGAAAUCGCUAAUCAAGACCGAAAACAUUUAAUGAAACUUUUCCGCAGUGUUGCUUAUGCAGAUAAUGAAGAAAAUUUAGUAGAAAUGGUAGACAUAUUAAUGAAAACAGAUCAAACUUCAGAAAAGUCUACACUUCGAACUAGAGGACACAAUACCAACAACAUUGUUGAAUCAUCAAUACGUGUAUUUAAAGACAUAGUUCUUGAAAGGUGCAAGGCUUUUAAUGCAGCGGUGCUAAUUGAUUUUGUUGGAAAUACUUUGAAAGAUUAUCAUAGGCGGAGAUUAUUAAAAUAUGCAAAUGUGCGGAUAAGUAAACCAGAACUCCACUUCCAAAAAUUUUUCCAACUGUCAAAAGGGUUGAUUGUUCAAAAAGAAAAUGAAUAUUUAUAUUAUGUGUCAUCAUCUACAGAUGAAAACAUGUUUUAUUCAGUAGACAUUGAGAAUGAGACAUGUGAUUGUCCAGCUGGAAGAGGCGGAAAAUUUUGCAAACAUCAAUGCGCCGUAUUUUUGCAAGAUGAAAAAUUAAAAUUACAAAAUUUACCGAACUUAAAUUUUGAUGAUAGAGUUGUGUUGGCCAAAUUAGCAAUUGGUAGUGUUGAUGAAACAUUUUUUCAAAAUAUGAAUCAAUUGGAUGCAAAUUAUGACAAAUCAAGUAAUGAAACUGAGGCACAAGAUAACUUUGAUGAGUGUAUGGUUGUAUCCACAAAUUCUAAUAUAUUAAGAUUAAAUUUAGAUAAUGCACCUGUCGAUGAAAAUAAUAGCGUUAAAAUAUUGGAAAUAACCAAAAACCUCCAGGAUAAUUUGAAUAGAAUAACCACUUUAGCAUCAGAAUCAAAUACCUUGUACACGCAUAAAAUAAUGAGUUCCCUGACGACAAAAUUAUCGGCGAUAACGAGUUCGUCUGAAGCACUUUCAUUUUUGGCUCAGGUGUAUAACAAAAAGAGAGGUCGACAAAUUGGAGUCCAACCAACUUCACUUGCUAGAAGAAAAGUAGGAUUGACUUUAGGUUCAAAAAGAGUGCAAGCAGGGAGACCUACUGAAAGUGCUCCUCCAAACAAAAAAAGAAAAAGAAACCUAGCUAGCAAUAUUGACGAUAAUAAAUGUAGUUUCAACUCCAAAUCGCACUGA